AGGCAAGUUCAGCCACACCAUUCACGUUCGGUACUUGCGAUCGUUCGGAUCGGACUCGGACCACGACGAGUGACGCCAUCUCGAACAGGGGACUGAAGAUUGGUGAAGGAAAAGAAAAAAGAAAGCUCCGCUAGUCCAGUUGGUGCUUUCUAGCGAAGUGAGGUUGACCCGAUUCCGUGUUGCUAAGAACCGGGAACCAACACCGGGAGGGGAUCUUGUGUUGAGCUUGUGUUAGCUGCGUGAUAGAAGCUGGAAUUAAAGCGUUCCGAUCAUUUACUAGCUUGUUCAAUAUAAAACGGGUUAAAAAAUUAUUGUUUCUAGUGCAGUGUGAAGAGUUAACCGAAGUGAGAAGAAAGCCACUCACUCGUAUGCCCAAAUAUUGUAAAGUGAAGUGAAAAGUGAUACACAAAAAACGGAAUGUUUUAAUCGAGUUCCCUCGAGGGUCUAAAAAAGUGUGCAAGUUGAGUUGAAAUUGUUCUUUAAUUGUAAAGCAAAACAAAAAAAAAACACAAAUUCACGAUGGUGCUACGAAUGCGGGACAUGCUCUACGAGAAUCCGCUCGAUCACUUUCUUUCGCUGCUGUUCGAUCUGCUGAUCUUCUUCGUGAAAUCCAUCUACUACACGCUCGAAACGAUCGCCCUUACGCUCACACCGUACCGAUUUCGGAAGCUAAAGGACGUGGCCGGACAGGUGGUGCUGAUAACGGGCGGCGGUGGUGGCGUCGGACGGCAGGUGGCACUGAACUUUGCGCGACUGCGUGCCCGUGUAGUCAUCUGGGACAUCAACAAGGAUGCACUCCAGGGUACGGUGGACGCACUGGAAGCGGAAGGCUACCGCUGCCGUGCCUAUCUGGUGGACAUCUCCGAGCGUGAGCGGGUGUACGAGGCGGCCAAGAAGGUGAAGCAGGAGGUGGGCAACGUGGAGGUGCUGAUCAACAAUGCCGGUAUCGUGGCGUGCCGCACGCUGUGGGACCUGACCGAUAAGGCGAUCGAAAGCACGUACGCCGUCAACAUCCUGUCGCACUACUGGACCACACGCGCAUUCCUGCCCGAAAUGAUGAACGCAAACAGUGGCCACAUCGUAACGGUCGGUUCGGUGGCCGGUCUGCUCGGUACGUACGGGUGUACCGAUUACAGUGCGACCAAGUUCGCCUGCGUCGGAUUCCACGAGGCACUGUUCACGGAGCUGAAGACCCACGGCUACGACAACAUCCACAUGACGCUGGUCUGUCCGUACUACAUCAACACGGGCAUGUUUGCGGGGUGCAAACCACGCCUGCUGCCCAUGCUCGAACCGAAGCACGUGGCCGACAGCAUGGUACGCUCGAUACUGAAGAACGAGGUGAACUGCACGCUGCCGGACCACGUCCGCAUGUUCCUGCCGCUCAAAUGCUUGCUGCCGGCGAAGAUGUGCUGGGAGCUGAUGUACCGCGUCAUGAAGGGUCCGGAAACGAUGAUGGGCUUCCGUGGACGGGGCAAGGCGACGGCUGGAUAGGCAACGCUCGAGCACACCUAAAACCCCACGCUCGGUGCGCUCAUCAUCAUUUUAACCCUUACUCCUUCUUCCCCACCCUUCUCACACUCUCACACACAGCUAAUUCGUCAUCCGUUUUUUAGUAAGGCGCGUAUUACAAUAAGCAGCUCGUUCGGCAUUAUUGCAUCUUAUUUCAUUGCUAAGAAAUGAUCGAAUAGUGUAUCGCUCGAGCAAAAGAGCAACGGAAAACUGGAACCUUUUACCUUUUAGGCCGUACGCUACGCUAGGUGGUAAGAAUAAUAGCGGAAAACUAUUUCGUCCAGCUAACG